GCGCCCGUUGAGGGUGGAUUACGUGUAUUACUUCAGUCGCCCUGAAACACGGACUCUGAGGAAAACAGAUGAGGGUGACCCACUGAAGCCCGUGAUGAUGCUGUCUCGUCUCUUCAGGCUGCACGGCCUGAUCGUGGCCUCCCAUCCCUGGGAGGUGAUCGUGGGAACGGUUGCCGUGACGAUGUGUCUGAUGUCUAUGAAUGCUUUUGCUACCAAUGACCAGAUGUGUGGCUGGAACCAUCAGUGUCCUAAGGUGCAGGAGAAAAUUCUAAGUGGUGACAUGAUCAUUUUAACUAUCACAAGAUGUAUAGCCAUCAUUUACAUCUACGUUCAGUUCAAAAACCUUCGACAGCUCGGCUCGAAGUACAUACUGGGUAUCGCUGGACUGUUCACCAUUUUCUCCAGUUUUGUGUUCAGUACUGUGGUCGUUCACUUCCUGGGCAAAGAGCUCACAGGACUGAAUGAAGCUCUGCCGUUCUUCCUGUUGUUGAUUGACCUGUCUAAAGCAUGCACACUGGCCAAGUUCGCUCUCAGCUCCAACUCACAGGAGGAGGUGAGGGAGAACAUCGCUCAGGGAAUGGCCAUCUUGGGACCCACAUUCACCCUGGAUGCGCUGGUGGAGUGUCUGGUCAUUGGAGUGGGCACCAUAUCUGGUGUACGUCAGCUGGAGGUGAUGUGUUGUUUCGGCUGUAUGUCAGUUCUGGCCAAUUACUUCGUCUUCAUGACCUUCUUUCCUGCCUGUGUGUCACUGGUGUUAGAGUUGUCUCGGGAGAGUCGUGAGGGUCGACCCAUCUGGCAGCUCAGUCAUUUUGCUCGUGUUCUGGAGGAAGAGGAGGGGAACAAACCAAAUCCUGUCACACAGAGAGUCAAAAUGAUCAUGUCUUUGGGUUUGGCGCUGGUUCAUGCUCACAGUCGUCUGGUGGCUGAAUCUCCGACUCUCAACAUGAGCAGCUCAGACGUGGUUUUGCCUCCACCCAGCAUGGAGUCCAACAGAACCAUGUCCAGUGUGGAUUUGGAGCAGGUCAUUACACUCUCUCUCACUCUGUUAUUGGCUGUGAAGUACGUGUUUUUCGAGCAGGCUGAGACAGAAUCCUCCCUGUCUAUCAGAGCCCCUAUGGCCACGCCCCUUGCCUCCCUGACCAAUAGGAUAAGAGAUGACUGCUGUCAGAGGGAGUCAGCCCCUCCCAAAGCCCUGAGGGGAGUCCAGACUGAUCCAAACACUCCAAACCCCUCUCACAGAGAGCAGACAGGUGAGGAGACCAGGUCGACAGCGGGGCAGAUUUGUCCUCUGAUCCCAAGAGAUAGUGAUGUACACCAAGAAGAGAAGAGAGAGAACGAGUGCCAUGAACCCCAGACUCACCAGCGCCGCCCUGUAGACGAGUGUCUCGCCAUUCUUAAAGACCCCAAAAGGGGAGCUGGUUACCUGAGUAAUGCUGAGGUCAUAGCUCUGGUGGAGUGCAGAGGCAUUCUGGGAUAUCGUUUGGAGGCGGUAAUGGGGAGUCCAGAGAGAGGCGUGGCCAUACGUAGAGAAAUGCUCUCCACCAGACUCCCUGACCCGUCCGCACUGGAGAACCUCCCUUACAGAAACUACGACUACUCUAAGGUGAUUGGCUCUAACUGUGAGAAUGUGAUUGGCUACGUACCAGUGCCAGUGGGCGUGGCCGGACCAUUGCUGUUGGAUGGGAAAGAAUAUCACGUCCCCAUGGCAACAACAGAAGGCUGUUUAGUAGCCAGCACCAACCGAGGAUGCCGAGCAGUCACAUUAUCAGGUGGUGUGCGCAGUCGUGUUCUGGCAGACGGUAUGACUCGAGGUCCGGUGGUGCAGCUGCCGUCAGCGUGCAGGGCGGCGGAGGUCAAGGGCUGGCUGGAGAGUUCAGAGGGGUUCAGAACCAUCAAACAGGCCUUUGAUCACACCAGCAGGUUUGCUCGUCUGGACAGACUGCAGGUCAGUCUCGCAGGGAGGAAUCUGUACAUCCGCUUUCAGUCUCAAACCGGAGACGCCAUGGGCAUGAACAUGCUGUCGAAGGGUACGGAACAGGCUCUGUGUCGAGUUCAGGAACAGUAUCCUGACAUGCGUGUUUUAGCUGUCAGCGGAAAUUACUGCACGGAUAAAAAACCAUCUGCGGUCAACUGGAUCAACGGCAGAGGAAAAUCCACAGUGUGUGAAGCUCUUAUACCAGCACGAGUGGUCAAAGAGGUUUUAAAGACGAGCACAGGCGCUCUGGUGGAGUUGAACAUCAGUAAGAAUCUGGUGGGCUCAGCGAUGGCCGGGAGUGUCGGGGGAUUCAACGCUCACGCGGCAAACAUCGUAGUGGCCAUCUACAUCGCCUGCGGACAGGAUCCGGCGCAGACGGUGGGCAGCAGUAACUGUAUAACACUGAUGGAGUGCGUUGGCACAAACGGAGAGGAUCUGUACAUCUCCUGCACUAUGCCAUCAAUAGAGCUGGGCACAGUGGGCGGAGGAACCAGUCUGCCCGCACAGCACGCCUGUUUACAGAUGUUGGAUGUACACGGUGCGAGAGAACAGUGUCCCGGCGAGAACUCUCGGACACUGGCACGGGUCGUGUGUGCUACAGUGUUGGCAGGAGAACUCUCGCUGAUGGCCGCUCUCACUGCAGGACACCUCGUCAAGAGUCACAUGACACACAACAGGUCAAAAGUCAAUAUCACAGAGACUGAAUUACAGCCGAAGGAAACUUCAUGAUAACUACAACUCCCAGAGAGAGAGCAAGAGAGAGGACCCCACUGCACUCUGGGAACUGGAGUCUCGAGCAACCACAGCUCAUGUUUAUUCUCUGGGCGUCUGAAGACAAACUGCCUUUAGACAUAAUGGAAACAUCUAGAGAUGGCAAAUAAACUAACAGUUUUCUCUGUGAGGACACUAAUGAAUUGAGGGAAAUAUUAAUGCUUUACAUUUGCUUUGUGCCCACUUACGCAAGUAAAUCAAAUGCAGUGAUUGGCUGCGGCAUUUGUGAAAGAGCACUCAUUGCUCAUUUUACUGGAACUACAUAUAGCUGUAGUUUUGCACUAAAGGCCAUGGUGAAGUAUACACAAACUGUUACUUGUUCACGGUUUGAAAACGUGUAUCGCAACGAGCAUAACUUGGUACAGUUUGAGCAAAUUUGAUAUAAAGAACCAACACAAAAAUCAGAUCUGAACAUAUUUUGUACAACCAGACAAAGAAUAAAGAGAGAGUUUGGGAUCUUAAAGUAUUUUUGCACUUUGGCAAAUAGUUUUAGACUAAUGAAUCAGAUCAGAGUUUGAAUUUGCAGUUUGGACUUACAAGAACAUCACAGAUUAGGAAUGAAUGUAUUUAAUACAAUCACUCAUGCCAAAUUCACUGUGACAAGCUGACAUGUUUAAAGAAAAUAAAUCUUGUUAACAAGAUGCUGCUUUAAUUUACAAAAUGUUAUUUAAAUUUAUGGAUGUGUGUGAAUGUCUGAACAGUGUAUUUUGUGUGCUUAUGUUAUUAAUGAAUGAUGUCUGAUGAUGUUUGUGUCUUUGUUUUGCCACACUGUACCCUCACAACGCUUAAUGAGUUCAUGAUGGUAAAGUGCUUUGGCUUUUCUCAAUAAAAGCAAAUCUUUGUCACUUUUUGACUGAAAGUGCUGAUAAAGCCAUAUCUAUGACAAAAUGUCUUUUAAUGUUUCUCAUUUGUGCUUACUGCUAAACAGGCCCAUAAAUUAAUGUUCAGCUGAGCACAUUUUUAAAAUGUCCACAGUAUGUUUGUUAGAGAAUGAAUGAAUGCAUUAAUAAAUGCUCCAAACCUAAAAAAAAUAAUAAUAAUAAUUACAAAGUGUCUAUUUUGUGAGC